AUUCGCAGAGAGAACUCUAUUUGUCAAGGAAUCUCGAAACAACCAGUCAGAAGCCUGCGUUUGUCUACCUAAACAACCAAUCAGAUGACUGCGCUUGUCUAUAAUAAUGUAGUUGAAAGAUGUAUAAAUACGUGUUGAUUUUCAUAAUAAAACGAUCUGUUGCCUGGCCCUUGUCUUCUGUUGUUACAUUUGGUGUCGCUGCCUACCGACAAAUGGAAAGCCUAUGCCCUGCUGUUUUCGAUGGAGAUAUAUGGAUCUUCGGGCAGGACUUCAAGGCUUCUGCGCAGUUGAGUGGCGUUCAAGAUCUGUCAGCGAUGGAGCUGCUACUUGGGACGCUGCUGGGAGGUCGGGUGAAAGCAGCAUAUGAAAGUGUGAGCCGAAGUAUGGACGAAUGUUCGACAGGGUCAGGCAAACAGUUUCCAAAGUGGGAAGGACCAUAUAUGGUCACUUCGAGAUGGGGUUACGCAGACACAGUCGCAAUGGCGAACAAUAAGAGGCGCGUGAACGUCAGCGAGCUCCAGAAACGGAUACAGCGAGACAAGCCAACGAUGACGCCUGCACCAAGUAGAUCAAGCCGACUUCAGUCGCACGUAUUUGACGGGGGGACGAGUGUGGUGAGAGCAGGCUGCUAGCCGAUUGGUUGGCACUAAUCUACGUUAAGGUCUAGGUCACUAAUAUGGGCCGUGAGAAAAUAUGAACAAGGCUGAGUCAACAACCAAUCACAGCAAAGUUAACGUGGCAAAAUAUGAUUCGCAGAUAGAGAACUCUAUUUGUCAAGGAAUCCCGAAACAACCAAUCAGAAGCCUGCGUUUGUCUGCCUAACUUCUGAUAAACAACCGAUCAGAUGACUGCGCUUGUCUAUAAUAAUGUAUGUGAAAUAUGUAUAAAUACGUGUUGAUUUUCAUAAUAAAACGAUCUGUUGCCAGCCCUUGUCUCCUGUUGUUACAUUUGGUGUCGCUGCCUACCGACAAAUGGAAAGCCUAUGCCGCGCUGUUUUUAAUGGAGACAUAUGGAUCUUCGGGCAGGACUUCAAGGCUUCUGCGCAGUUGAGUGGCGUUCAAGAUCUGUCAGCGAUGGAGCUGCUACUUGGGACGCUGCUGGGAGGUCGGGUGAAAGCAGCAUAUGAA